AAAAUUUCAUGCAUAAACAGUUUUCUUUUGUUUUACGUCAAUACUUAAUUUUUAUAUACAUGACAUGAAUAUGAUGAAAUAAAAUCCAUGAUGUCUUCGCGUAGAGAUUUCUAUUUAACAGCUAUAUCGUCAAAUAAAUGCUUAAAUGCCUUCUAAAUGUGCUGAAGAUUGUCCCAAAAGUAAAAAACGUCGUGAAGCAUAUGAAAAAACACUAAGAGAAGAGGAAAGAAAUGCGGCAAUUCAAGUAAGUGAAGAUGACGUGGUUGUAAGAAAAACAAAUAAAAGUUUACAAUCAAAUUACAACGAAGAUGACACAUCUGAUGGGACUGAGUAUCUUAGUUUUUCUCGACCAAAGAGCUCUGCACGUCCAGAAAGUUCACGCCCUAAAAGAUCAAAAGAAAGAUCUGUAAAAUCAAAGCACAAAGAAAAAUAUUCUGAGCAUCGAGAAAAAUUUGAAGAAGAUGUAUGUGCUUCUAAAACAUCAACUCGGCGUCGGCAAAAUCUAAAAAAGAAAAGAAGAUUUUCAUCUAAGCUUAACGAAAAUUGUGUAAAUGAGGAAUGUUCAGGAAUACCUAAAAGAAUAGUUGAAACAGAAGAGAGUGAAGAGUCAUUUUCUUCAGAUAUUUCUUGUCCAUCUCGAUGUGAAUUAGAUUUAACGUUAUUACCUUCACCAAGCUCUCCUUGUGAUUCUUCGUGUCCUAAACAAGCUUUAUUAGAUCAAGAAAGAGAACGACAUCAAGAAGAAGUUGAUAAGUAUUUACUUCAUGGAGGACUAAGAUACUUUGAUGAUUUAUGUCAUUGUUCAUUGAAAUGUCUCUUAACUCAAAUUUGUGGUGAUAAAUUCAUACAAAAAACUGCUUCAUCAACAGCAUUUUUUCUGCUAGGCAUUAAAUUGUGCUUUGAACUUGAGGCAUGGUAUAUUCCGUUUUAAAUUCAAGCAAUUUAUCUACAAAAUUUAAUAAGUUGAAUGAUUACAAUUACUUAGGUAUUCAAUUGCAU